AUGAAGGGGGAUACCCAAACGAACUACCACUUCUCCGUGAAAAACGUAAAUUUCUUCAAAAGCGCUUUGGCCCUUCUGAGCGUAGAUGACAGUAAAGGUAGUAACUCGAUCGUGAGGAAAGGGACAACCAACCAGGGGGAGGUCGAAAAUUGUAUUCUGUUUAAUCUGUUUGGUGAUGGGUUAAUGUUAAGGAGCUGGUCUAAGUGCAAACAGAUAUACUGUUUUUUGUUCCUCGAUUCGGACUGCUUUACUAGCUACGGCAUUGGGGAUAACGGGGAUAAGCACUGGGAGAGGCACGGGGAGAAGCGUCGGAGAAGAACAAGUGACAGCUCCGCAGGAGAGAAGAAUGCCCCAUGUGGGUGCCAUCAUUCAAGUGCCCCUUCCGAAGGUGCAUGCAGUAGAUGCCACACCCCUAAGGCGAAACGUUGCAAACGGGAAUAUAAGCAAACGUAUAGCGAGGAAGACAGUCACGAAGAUGAUACGAACAGCGUAAAUUCAGACAAUCUAUACACUACCCAUGCCAUAAAUAUGGAGAAUAAUAACUUGAUAAAACUGAAGGCAGUGUCUCCACUAAAGGUUAAACCUAAGGAGAGUAACAAAAGAGAGGAAGAAAAUGAGGACGAGUAUUUUAUUCGAAAAAAAAUUUAUGAAAAAAUCGAUGAAGAGAAAAAUAACAGCAACAUGGAAUUUCUCGUCUGUCAAUACGAACUACUCAGAGCAAUGGAAUUUUUGGACCCAAUUCUUUUAAAUAUCAAAUUUGAUUACCCUAAUCGGAAAUUAAUUUUACAUCUGACUGAUGAAGAUGGAGACACAUCUGAGACCUUCGUGAGAAUUAUUGUCGACUAUUAUUAUGAAAUAAGCAAGUUAGAAAAAUACACCUUUCUACAAAAUGAUUAUAAUUUUUUUUCUAUCCUUUCUGCCACUUUUUCCUUUUACCUGGACUACUUAAUUAAGAGCAGCGAUCAGUACAUUACUUUUUAUAUAACUGAAUAUUGCAACGAUAGCACCACUGUGCUUAAAAUGGAAACGAAAAAUAAAAACUACCAACGGUCCGUUCAGCUCAUGCCGAAGGAGAACUUCCAGGAUUUUAAGAGCUCAAAAAGUCAAAUGUACACCGAUGGAAGCAGAGUGACGAGAGAGACGUGCCGUGCGAUUACUCACGUGUACACACACCUAGGUAGGCAACGUCCAUCCCAUAUGUUGACCCCCUUUCGCAGAUUCAAGUACCGGAUAAGGGACUUAUCAAAAAUUAACCAGGCUCUCAGUAAGGCGAAAAAAAGGAAACAAAACUGA